UAUGGAAUUCUCUUGACGCGCAGGAUGGACCUGCCAGCAGGUCGUGUGCACACGAGAGCCGCCGUCACAAACUCGCGCUUGGCUUCCCGCAGGAACGUGCGUGCGUACAGGCAGCAGGGCCGUGGAGAAAAAGAAGGCAGGUGGUUUGGGCGACGCGCCGACGACCACGAGCCCGUCGCUCGACCUUGACAGCGAUCCGCUAUAUAUUCGCCAUACCUUCAGUCCUUCACUAGUUCAGGCGACGCUUGUGAUUCGAUCGGAAUAGCUCAUGGAGCUCCGGCACCACGCCAUCCAGCUCGCCCCGACUCAUGGCGCGGCGGCUGGAGCAGCGACGCGGCCGGGCGACGGUGGCGCGAUGAGCUCCGAGCUCUACCUCGCCGUGUGCGGGGGGGAGGAGGAGGAAGCCAUGGCGCUGCUUCGCCGACACCACUACGGCGGCGCUGCCGCGGGUCAUCUGGUUGCUGGCAUACACCAGGUGAGCGCAAAGAGGAACAACGUUCUGCAUUUAGCCGCGGGGCACGGGCACGACGAGCUGAUCCGUGAUCUCGUCAGCUUCGGCGGCAAGAGCUUGCUCUCUGCGCAGAACUCGGCCAUGGACACGCCUCUGCACUGCGCGGCGAGGGCGGGGCAUUGCAAGGCCGUGUCCGUCCUCGUCCAGCUCGCGCUGGACUACGGAGACGAGAGCACGCUGUGGUGCAAGAAUGCGGCCGGGGACACGGCGCUUCAUCUGGCAGCGAGGCUCGGCCAUGGCGCGGCGGUGGAGGCCAUGGUCUCCGCGGCGCCCGGGCUGGCCUCUGAGGUCAACGACGCCGGCGUGUCGGUGUCGCCGCUGUACCUGGCCGUGAUGAGUGGUCUGACAAGGAGCAGGUCGGCGCGUGCCGUCAGAGCGAUAACGGCGAACUGCAGGGACGCGUCAGCCGCCGGCCCGAGCUCGCAGAACGCGUUGCACGCCGCCGUCUUCCAGGGCUCAGAAAUGGUUAGGCUGCUGCUGGAGUGGGAGCCAUGCGGCCCAUCCCUCGCCAGCCAAGCGGACGACACGGGCAGCACUCAGCUCCACUUCGCAUCGUCCGACGGCGACCACUCCGUCGUAGCUGCCAUCCUGAGCGCGACGCCGCCGUGCGUGGUGCGCAUGCGGGACUCCAGCGGCCUCUCUGCCCUCCAUGUCGCGGUGGGGAUGGGCCACGCCCACGUCGCGAGGGCGCUGAUGAAGGCCUGCCCGGACGCGACCGAGCUCCAGGACGACCGCGGCGAAACCUUCGUGCACGCCGCGGCCAGGGGAGGCCACUCCGAGGUGGUGCGGCUGGCCAUCAAGAAACCGAUGUUGGGCGGCGGCGGUGGCCUCCUGAACACGCAGGACGGGGACGGCAACACGCCUCUCCACCUGGCGGUGGCCGCGCGCGAGCCGACCAUCGCAGAGGCCCUGCUGUGGACGGGCGUGGUGCGAGCCGACGUGAUGAACAACGACGGCCACACGCCGCUAGACCUCGCCGCGAAGUCAAGCAGCUUCUACUCCAUGGUUAGCCUGGUAGUGACACUGACCGCGUUAGGAGCGCAGUUCCGCCCUCAAAGGCCAGACCGGGUGCAGCAGUGGGACAACCGCAACAUCACGAAAUGGAUCAAGGAGACGUCCAACAGCCUGGCGGUGGUCGCCGUGCUCGUCGCCGGCGUCGCCUUCACCGCGGCCAACAACCUUCCCGGGUCGUACGAGCAAGGCAUGGCGGUCCUCCUGUGGAAGAGGACCUUCAAGUGCUUCGUCAUCCUCGACGGCGUCGCCCUGGUGACCUCCAUACUCGCCGUGGUCCUGCUCGUGUACGGCAAGGCCUCGCGCUCCUCCCGGUCGUGGAAGAGCUUCGCGGCGGCGCUGCAUUGCAUAUGGGUGUCGCUGAUCAACAUGAUCCUGGCCUUCUACGCGGCCAUAGCGGCCGUGACGAGCACCGACGGGGUCUACGACAUCAGCGUCUUCGUCGUGAACCUCGUCCUCGUCGUGCUGUUCGUCGUGCUCUCCGCAUUCGUCAGCCCUCCGGUGUCGCAUUGCAUAAUGUUGAAGUUCAUGUGGCAAUGUGACUUCAGAGGGCGCCAAGGUGUCGUCCGGAGGCGUAUCAACCAACAGUAUCCCGUGGCCAGCGCCUUCGUGUCCAACCUGCUUCUCUUCAGGCUCGCACAUUAUGCCAUGUUGUUUGCCGGAUUUAUCCCAAGGCCUGUAGCCGACCCUCACAAGCUGCCACAGGAAAAUCCUAAUCUUAGGGGGAGCUUCGUCCUCCACACCUCCGUCAGUUCCUCCGGGGCCCUGGCCGGCCGCCAUCCAGUCAUAGAGGGAUUUAAUGGAGAAUCUUCCCGAAAGGUCCAACCGCCAAUAGCUGGCGUCAGUAAGCUCCCAAAGAUUGGAGGUAGCUGUAAUAUCCUGAAGCAGACCUCAUUCAGCUGCCUCCUCGGGGCCUAA